AAACAUAAUUGUCAUUUGAAAUGUUGACGAUUUAAGGAAAUCCAUCUUCGUUUUUUAAUCGAAGAAUUAAAAAACUCUUAAAAUUCUCUAUUUUCCUAAGCAAUAAAAUGUCUGAACAACAGGAAUUACAACUUGAAGAACGCGAGGCUCUUCAAUCGAUCUACGAAGGUGACGAUGCCUUCAAAGAAAUAAAUCCAACAACAUUUCAAUACAAAUAUGGCAAAGAUGAUGAUAUUAAGUCUUUUCUUGUGGAAAUUCAAUGGCCCAGUAAUUAUCCCAACGAAGUGCCUGUCAUCAACAUGGAUGCGUUCUAUAAUCGAAAUUUAAUCCCACCGGUCAAACAGAAAAUCUCAUCCCUGCUCCUCGAGGAAGCCGAACAAUGGGUUGGUUGCGGAAUGACCUACACCCUGUUCGAGUGUCUCAAAGAUAAAGUCGACGAAUUGGUCGCCGAGCAACCCGACACACCAAUUGUCCAUCAAUCAAUCGACCUGGAUAAUGGAGUGGCGGCCAUCAAAAUAUCAGAUUCUGGUGAUAAGAAAUUACCCGCGAAAAAAGAACAAUUAACUAAAGCCCAGAAACGAAGACAAUGGGAGAGAACCGAUCACAAAGGAGAUCGUCCUCGAGGCUAUGAUUGGGUUGAUAUUGUCAAGCAUCUUUCACAAACGGGCUACAAGGAAGAACAGGCAAUGCAGAGGGAACAAAAUCUGUUGAAUAGUGAACCUGCGCUGCAUCCGUUGAAUAUAUAGGUUUCUUUUUUGGGUUGUUGUUGAUGAUAUUUUUUUUUAAAACGACAGAACUUAGACAAUUUAUUAUUUUAUAAAUUAAAUAAUUUGAAAUUUUUGCAAUAAAAAAGAUGGAAAAACACGAAAAACGAAGAAGAGAAAAACGUAAAAUUAAA